GGGGGGUUGGACUAGAUGGCCACUAGUGGUCCCUUCCAACCCUAAACAUUCUAUGAUUCUAUGAUUCUAGACUGCCAGGGACCAGGUGGGGGUUGAACCAGGUGGUCCCUCAUGUCCUGACCAGCCUGAAUUACCUUAUGGCUUCAUCCCGUUGCUGCAGCUGUAACGCCAGCACAAAGGAAGGAUGGCAGCUCGGCGUGCGCUGAAAGCUGUCUUGGUGGAUCUCAGCGGCACACUUCACAUUGAAGACUCAGCUGUGCCAGGCGCGCAGGAAGCUCUUAAAAGGCUGCGCAGCGCUCCAGUUACCAUUCGAUUUGUGACGAACACAACGAAGGAGUGCAAGAGAGACCUGCUGGAGAGGCUGACGAAACUGGGAUUUGACAUUGCAGAAAAUGAGAUCUUCACCUCUCUGACAGCAGCCAGAAAUCUUCUGGAGCAAAGGAAGGUGCGGCCUCUCCUCCUGGUGGACGAUAAGGCCCUGCCUGAUUUCACAGGGAUGGCCACUGAUGACCCCAAUGCAGUGGUGGUAGGACUGGCUCCUGAGCACUUUCACUAUGAGAUGAUGAACAGAGCGUUUCGGCUGAUUUUGGAUGGGGCUCCUCUUAUAGCUAUACAUAAAGCCAGAUAUUUCAAGAAAAAAGAUGGCUUGGCUCUGGGACCUGGACCUUUUGUAGCUGGGCUGGAAUACGCGACAGAUACCAAAGCGACAGUGGUGGGGAAGCCAGAGAAAACCUUCUUCCUAGAAGCUUUGCGAGGGACUGACUGCGCCCCAGAGGAGGCCAUCAUGAUCGGUGAUGACUGUCGGGAUGAUGUUGGUGGCGCCCAGAAUGCGGGCAUGCGUGGGAUAUUGGUAAGGACCGGUAAAUAUCGACCGGCAGAUGAAGACAAAAUCAAUCCGGCUCCUUACUUAACCUGUGAGAGUUUCCCAGAGGCAGUGGAACAUAUUCUAGAGCAUCUGCUAUGAGAAAGGGAACGGUUAGUUUGAAGAGGCAUCAGUUUCACAUCAUUUCCCUUACUCUUGCUUCAAAAAUUAAGGUCACGGGAUCAAUGCAUGCAUUGCAUCAGAUCAGCAUGGGGCCCCAGCCCAGCCAUGGCAAAGCCCCUUUCCUGUUGUCCUUUCUGGAGGAUGUGAUGAGGGACCCUGGAUACCCAGCAGGUGAGGCAGAAAGGCUACAGCCCACACAGCUGCUUUCCUGGGCGACACGGGGAGCGCGGCAGGGAGUUCUGCUGAUCUUCAGUUUUCAAGAAAUAUCUGGUGAAAAGCUCUCUCUGGGAAGCGUCACCUUCUCCUGCCGAAUAAGCUAAACUGAAAAAAAAGCCAAACCCAACCUCCACACUGGAAAUGCUCAAGUAAAUAAAGCUCCAAGACUAACAGCCAGCCUGUAGUGAUUUCACUGAGCGCGCCUCUGCUCUGCUCUAAUUUAAAGGUAGAGAUCAGGCACGUUUAGAAGUGGCUUUUAAAUUAAAAUAUCACUGUUCUUUAAUAAUAACUACUGUUGAUAUCUUUCCUCUCAUUAGAACAGAUCCUGGGUUUUGUUUUUCAAAUUUUACAUAAAAUUAAAACUGUCAGCAUUUUACAGAUGUUUUAAUUAGAUGCUGUUAUUAAAAAGAAUGGUACAGAAACAAAACCCUGGUAUUAAAUGCCUUGGAGACUCUGAAUUUUUUAAAUUAGACUUCAGCAGGGUCCUAUUAAUGUUCCAGUUGCAAAAUUUCACUGUUGUUGGGGGUUUUUUGUUUCUUUUUAAUGUUACGGGAAAAAUCCUUCACAAACCAUGGGGACAGAUUCCAGUUUUUCCACAGUUGGUUCGGAGAGCUGUAAAAUUAAAUUUAACUCUGUAGCAGGCCGUGCUUUUCUUAAGUGCUAAAGCCACCACUCUGAACCAACUUUGUAACGAUGGUAAAUAGCUUUUCUGGUCCAUUUGCGAGCUCUAAUAAUCAAAGUCCUUUACAGUUGUUUUACAGUGCUCCUGAGUGUUAAAUUAUUAGAUUGUAAUUAUACAUUACUGGAGUAUUAACCUUAUCGAAAAUACAGGUUUGUGUUAAUGAGCCAUGCUCGUUCUUGUUAAGAAAAAUCGCCGUGAUGAAUGAAUGGGAAGCUCUCCUUACGCGAAGGAGUCUCUGCCUGCAGCCGCACGUGGUGGGGGGUGACCUACGCGCAGGUUUAAUCUCUCUCCGAGACAGAAUGGAGACUCGGCAGUAGAAACACAAGCAACACUAAACCCCCCCCGGGAGCAAAGGCCGUCUUUGGAUACUGGUUGUGCCCCCUCAUAGAUUGUAACCUACAGUUCGGAAUAAAUUCGCACACCUAGCGCUCACGCCAACAAUUCUGAACCUCUCUUGGUUUCUGCUUGGAGUAAGGACGGGAGGUCUUCGGCCCGCAGUCGGGUUCAGGAGGUGAGGUCUGUAGCCAAACCCUGCGAAGGCAUUUCCCCUAAGGCUGCUGACAAUGCGAGUGACACUAGGGAAAAACCGAAAGAGACUGUCAGCGCUUUAGAGGCCCCACAGCCUGCUGGCAAGCCUGCAAGACCGUGGUACUUCAGGAAAGCAGCUGCACACAAGCCUGGGCAAGGAAAACACAGGGAGAACCACGAAGAGGGUAACUUGUCUUGCCAAGCAAGAGGAAGGUCUCUCCAAGUUCUUCUACUUCCUUGCCUUUUCCGCCUUGGAAAUACCCCCAACCCAAUUGGAAAGUAAUACAUGUGGCACGUCAAGGUUUGGAUCUCAGCUGAAAGCAAGCGAUGACAAACUAACCAGAUUUACAGGCACUGCUAAGGUACCAAAUUUCACUGAAAGCAGCGACUUCUGUUUGAUUGAAAGGGGUGCAGGUCUCUGCUGGCAAAGCUACGCUGAUUGUGGUGCUGUAGUGAGUCUCGGGAAGGGAGGAUCUAAUUAGACUAAUCCUCUAACUGUUCCUAACAAGCUUUCUGCUCCAGUUCUUCUACCCCAAACCUGUAAACAACCGUCACAAAUAAAGACUGACAAGCAAUCUGUAAGUUUUUAUACAUAAAAUUAAGG